GACAUAUUUUGGUUUAGGUACUUUUGGGCACCUACUUUCUGAAGAAAUUCUCAUUAUUUGAACAAUUUUUGUGUUGCUCUCGGUCGUAAUGGCUCUAACAAGAAGAAUAAUCAAAAACUAUUGGCUCAAAAAUGUUCUUGACUCUCCAAAACUAAGUAAGUCAUUAACUGUAAAUGCACUGAAAAACGAAAAUACUACUGUAAAGGAUGAGGAAAUCAAAAAAUUCUCAAUUCAAAAUGAAGACUGGUGGAGUUUAAAUGGUCCUUCUAAAGCACUACAUUCAAUGAAUGAAGUGAGAAUACCUCUUGUUCGAGAUGGCCUUGUCCAAUUUCCAGCUGAGAAAAGAAAUCCAAAACCUCUUAAAGAUAAAAAAAUAUUGGAUGUUGGGUGUGGAGGUGGCAUAUUGUCAGAGGCACUAGCAAAGAUUGGUGCCGAAGUUACUGGUAUAGAUGCAAGCAAAAACCUGAUUGAAAUAGCUCAAAAGCAUAGUGAAGAGAAUAAGAGACUGAUAAACAAGCCCAAAUAUCUGUGUAGUUCAGUUGAAGAGCACCUCAACGAUCACAAGGAUCACUAUGAUGGAGUUGUGGCUUCAGAAGUAAUUGAACAUGUCGAUAAUAAAGAACUUUUUGUCAAGUCCUGUGUCAGUGUCCUAAAGCCUGGAGGAAGGAUAUUCUUCACAACGCCAAACCGAACGCGAGCUGCGCAAAUACUUGGAAUAUGUGUAUCAGAAUACAUACUGAAUAUAAUACCUAAAGGAACUCAUAAUUACGAUAUGUUUAUCACACCUAAUGAGCUGUCAUUUCUACUAGAGAGAAAUGAUUGUCACGUCGAAAUGAUUUGCGGCCUUUUCUACAACGUUCUCCAGGACAGAUGGUCUUUUGUCAAACCACAAACAUUAGUUUAUGCUAUUCAAGCUCAAAAAACGAAAUAGACUUAAGAUUUCCUAUAAAUCCUAUAGUCCUGAAAAUACUUGUCUAAAACAGUUUAUAUUCUAAGAUUGUUACCUGACUGUCAAGUAC